AUGAUAGCUUGUUUGGAGACUAGAGUUAAAAAACACAGGUCACAGAACAUCCAGAGGAAGAUAGGUGUAGACUGGCAAUUCAAAGACAACUAUGAUUAUGCACCUAAUGGUAGAAUAUGGUUACUGUGGAAAGAAGAUAAUGUCCAUGUAACAGUUCUGGAAAGCACUGACCAACCGGUUCACUGUCUAGUGAAGGACAAAAAUUCAUCAUUCACCAGUUACAUAACAUUUAUAUAUAGCCUACACACUGUUCAACACAGAAUUCCACUAUGGAGAAGCUUGAGGAACAUGCAAACUAAUGGACCUUGGCUCAUAAUAGGAGACUUCAACAGUGUGCUAAAUAUGGAUGAUAGGGUGAAUGGAAUUCCAGUUCAUCAAGCAGAAAUGAUUGAUUUUCAAAACUGUCUUGAUGAUAUUGGAGUGGGGCAAAUCAGAAAAAGAGGUAGCAGAUUUUCAUGGAGCAAUAAAAGGGAUGCUGAAGUCAGAAUAUAUAGCCACAUAGAUUGGGCUUUUGGGAAUGCUGAUUGGUUCAAUGCUUAUAAUGGGGUAGAGGCAAUACACAUGCUCCCAGGAUGCUCAGAUCAUACCCCUAUCAUGAUAAAUACUGAGGUGAUCAAGAUUAAAGUGAAAAGGCCUUAUAGGUUGCUAACAUCAGUGAUGCGACAAAGAGAGUACAAGGAAGCUGUCCAGAACAUUUGGAGUCAAAAGAUUCAAGGUUAUGCAAUGUAUUCUAUAUGGAGAAAGCUAAAGCUUAUUGAGCAACAAACAAGGGAUAUUCAACAGGAACAUUCCUCAGUUGAUCAUAAGCUGAUACAAUUUAGAAAAACAUUGAAGGAGAUACAAGAGAAAAACAAUGAUGACUACUUCAAUAAGCAGCUGAUAGAAGAAGAAAGAAUGACCGUAGAAAGCAUAGAGAAAUGGGAAGCAAUUCAGGAGCAAAUUAUGAGGCAGAAGUCAAGAGCGACAUGGAUCCAGCUAGGAGAUUGCAACACCAAAUAUUUCCAUGCUUAUAUGAGGGCCAGACAAGCAAGAAAUAAGCAACUAUUGGGGACAGCAACAGAUGAACUACCAGGGAUUGAUGUCAACAUAGCAAGAAAUGGUCCUUGUCUAACACUGCAUCAGCAACAACAAUUGUUACAAGUAGUAACAACAGAGGAGAUCUGUCAGAUUGUGAAGAAUCUGCCUAAUGACAAGGCACCAGAUGAGGUAUCAGUGAAGUUAAUGAUGGGAGUUUUUGAUCACUUCUCCAAGGUCUCAGGUCUACAAGCAAACUUGGAAAAAAGAUCAUUAUAUAUAGCAGGUGUGCCUAUGGAAUUCAAAGACAAAAUGUUAGCAGAACUCCAGCUAUCAGCAGGCAGCAUCCCAUUCAAAUAUUUGGGAGUCCCUUUGUCCUCAAGGAAAAUUACUAUUCACCAGUGCAUGCCAUUAGUUGAGAAGAUUGUGGAGAGGAUAACAAGCUGGACAUCAAAGUUCUUGUCCUAUGCUGGAAGACUACAACUCAUUAAGAGUGUCCUGUUUGAAAUGCAGACAUACUGGGCUCAAGUAUUCCUUAUUCCAAAGAAAGUUAUUAAGCUUGUUAAUGGCAUAUGCAGGAACUAUUUGUGGACUGGUAGUCAUGAGAAUACUCACAGAGCUCCUAUAGCAUGGGAAAUAUUGGGUAAACCUAAAGCUGCUGGGGGGUCUAAAUAUUAUCAACUAUGA